UUUUUGUAUGUGCUUAUAUACAUGAAAGAAUCGUGUGAUGUAAAUCAACAUGUUAUAUCAGGAUCCAAAUGAAGAUACAGAAUGGAAUGAUGUGUUGAGACGCUUCGGAAUUCUUCCUCCAAAAGAAAAGCCAAAAGAUGAAAUUGAAGAGAUGGUUUUACGUUUGCAGAAAGAAGCAGAAGUGAAACCUUAUGAGAGAAUGAAUCUUAAAGAACUAAAGGAAGCUGAAGAUGACUUUGAUGAGGCUGACAUAAAAGCUGUUGAAAUGUACAGGCAGCAGCGGUUGCAAGAAUGGAAGCGUCUUCAGCGGAGACAAAAGUAUGGGGAGCUAAGAGAAAUUUGUGGUGAGCAGUACGUGAAGGAAGUUACAAAUGCGCCAGAAGAUGUUUGGGUUAUAAUUCAUCUUUAUCGAUCAAGCAUCCCAAUGUGUUUACUGGUUAACCAGCAUCUUGGCCUGCUAGCCCAAAAGUUUCCAGAAGCGAAGUUUGUCAAAGCUGUUGUGAACAGCUGCAUUCAGAAUUACCAUGACACGUGUUUGCCCACAAUAUUUGUGUAUAAAAAUGGUCAAAUCAAAGGCAGGUUCAUUGGAGUAGCUGAAUGUGGGGGCAUAAAUCUUAAAGUGGAAGAGCUUGAAUGGAAGCUAGCAGAAGUUGGAGCAAUCAAAACUGAUUUGGAAGAAAACCCUAAGAAGGACAUUAUGGAUAUGAUGACAUUUUCAAUGCAAAAUAUUUCUGCUCACAAGGACACCAAUACCAAAAACAGGGAUGUGAUGAAACCAAACAUUACUUAGGCACUAAUUUUUAGUGCAUCUGCACUGAACAGCUCUUUUUUCCUUUUGUAAACCUGUGCCAAUACAAGGAGUUCUUGUUUCACUUGUACGCUUUUGGUUUUGACUUUUUGAGGAACACUGAAUAAAUAAACACCCCACAUUUAGCUUUGGGUAGAUAGAGAGGCUCCUACUGACACAGAGAACCUGGAUUCUCCAUUUCAUACAAACCCUGCUUGAAAAGAAUUGGAAAAGGGAAGAGGGUAGGCUGUGCUCGAUGACUUUUUUCCUACUUUUCUCCAGCAUGCAUGCAAGUUUGAGUUAAUUAAUUCCCUUAGUAAAAUGACUGGCUGUGAUAGAGUUCUGCUUUGCAAACCACUUUCUCAGUUCCUCCCACUGGAAAGCUGGAGAACGCUGUGUAUGGUGAUA